AUGGCAUUAUUACUACAACACCCUUCUCUAGCCAAUCUCUUUCUGAAAAACCCAUUCUCUGCCAAACCCAUUUCCAUCUCUUCUCCAAUCUUUCUCUCUAACACUCAAACAAGAAGAAAACCACUCAAUCUAAUAGAGAGAGAAAGACCCAAAAGGGGGGGAGUACUGAGAAACUGCUCUGCAAAUGCUCGAAUCGGCUUCGAUGCAUCUGUAGAAGUAGACGAGAAUGUAUUGGUGCCUGAGGAGGAUGAAGAAGGUAAGGGAGGAGAUGUUGUGGAAUAUGAUUGGAGAGAGGAAUGGUAUCCUCUGUAUUUGACAGAACAGGUCCCAGACGACUCCCCUUUGGGCCUGACCGUCUUUGACAAGCAGAUAGUGCUGUAUCGAGAUGGGAAUGGAUUGCUCUGUUGCUAUGAAGAUCGCUGCCCGCAUAGGCUAGCAAAACUCUCGGAAGGUCAGCUGAUUGAUGGGAGAUUGGAAUGCCUAUACCAUGGUUGGCAAUUUGACGAGGAUGGUAAAUGCGUAAAGAUACCUCAGCUUCCCAAGGGAGCAAGAAUUCCACACUCUGCUUGUGUCAGAACCUACGAGGUGAGGGACUCUCAAGGUGUUGUAUGGGUGUGGAUGGCAGACAAGAACAAGGCGGAUGCCAACAAGCUACCCUGGUUUGAGCACUUCGCCAGGCCUGGGUUUCAAGCUGUAUCUUCCAUCCAUGAGCUUCCAUAUGAUCACUCAAUACUCCUCGAGAAUUUAAUGGACCCCGCCCAUGUCCCAAUCUCACAUGAUCGAACAGAUUGGUCUGCCAAGAGGGAAGAUGCCCAACCAUUAGCAUUCAAGGUAACUGAGCAUACAAAUAGGGGGUUUGCAGGAUUCUGGGGUCGUGCAAAAGACCCGGUCUUGCGGAGCUUCCUACGAUUCGAAGCACCAUGUGUUCUUCAAUACAAGGGAGAAAUUGACAAAAGCGGGGAGAAACAAUACUUCUCAUCAGUCUUCCUUUGUCGACCAACCGGUCAAGGGAAGUCCAUGGUUAUCAUGAGGUUUGGAGCUUCGACGAGACCUUUUCUAUUCAAGCUGGUUCCUAGUUGGUACUACCACCAGAACGCAAGUAAGGUUCUCGAACAAGAUAAAGGAUUCCUUGCAUCCCAAAACGAGGUUCUAAUGAAGGAGAAGGUCCCCACCAAGGGCUUGUACCUAAAUCUACGGUCAUCUGACACUUGGGUUGCAGAGUAUCGGAAGUGGAUGGAUAAGGUAGGGCAUGGAAUGCCUUACUAUAUUGGGCAAAACACUAUCUCACUACCUAAAGACCCUGCUGUGGUUGAGCACACCCCGGCAGGACUGAUCGCAGGGAUUUCCGCUUCCAUGCCUGCCAAGGGGGGAUUUGGCACCAUGCAUGUUCUGAAUCCCACCAACCGCUACUUCCGCCACAUAGUGCAUUGCAAGGGAUGUAGAAAUGCCGUGAAAGCAUUUCAAGCUUGGAAGAACAUGCUUUCCAUAUUGUCUGUUGCUUCUGCAGCAUUGGCUGUUCUGGCGUCAGCAAGACAGUGGAAGGUCCUACUUUUGGCAUUGGCGACGGUGUUCUUGGCUGGAGCAUAUGCGUUUGCAAGUCUAGUUUCCCUCAAUACGAUCAACUUCAUUAGGAAGCACAGGAGAUUAUGAGCCAAUGGAUUUAUAUACAAACCCAUUUGGAUGA